AUGCAACUGGAUGCCAAAUUAUCUGGGAAAGGCAAACGAAAUAAACAAACGAAAAAAGUUUUGUUGGAAGAAAAUGAAGAUUGUAGUGAUGAUGAACAACAAGAUGUAAUAUUAUGUGAGAAAGGCAAACAAAGGAAACAAAUAAACAAAGUUUUGUUGCAAGAAAAUAUAGAUAGUAGUGAUGAUGAACACCACAGUUUAUUUUCAAAAGAUUUUAGCUCUGACGAUGAUAUUGAGUGGGCAAAGUCACCAUCCCCUCCUAUUGAAGAAGAAAUUCACCGAGAACCAAAAUCAGAAGACUUUGUUCUAAUAAAGUUUCCCAUUAAAAGAACGACCGAUAAUAUUUAUUAUGUGGCUAAGAUUUUGAAGGUCUUUGAUCUAGAGGUUAAAAUUAGUUGCCUACGAAAGUGCGCCAAAAACGAUAAAAUAUUUUAUUUUCCCAACGUGGAAGAUAUUUCUAUUCCUUUUAAAGAGCAAAUAGAUUUUGUUUUGCCAAAUCCAGAGAAUUUGCAACGUCUAACAAAAAGAAAAAAGUCUCUAGUUUUAUUUUCGAUAUCAUUAGAUCAGUAUAACGUUCGUUAA